CCACCAUCGAAUAGAUACACUUCUUGAAUUAAAUCAACAGAAAGAUGAGAAAUCUGGUCGAUUCAGGACGAAGAUACAACAUGUCCGUGUGCGUCAUCGACCCCAACGGACCACCCGCAAUCCCCCCAGGCCCAGACCAAGAAGGCCCUCCCCCCCAAUUCAUGACCUCCUGGAUCCCCACGCCACCACCCCCGUACAGUACCACCGCGUCCAAAUUACUCCACCCAAUCGUCAUCCCCCGCAUCGACACCACGAGCGUCCUCUCCGCCAAGCUCCCCUUCGUCCGCGCAUACAGUCAUGUUUUGCGCGCACAUGGAAUUAACGAGGGGGAGUUCAUGAGCUUUAUGGAUAUGCUGGCGGUGUGUCAGGCGCCACCAGUGCCAUUGCAGAUGCUGGAUGCGGCGAGUCAUGUUGUAGGGAUUGUGCCGGAGCCGGUGGCGAUGGGCGUGAGUGCGGGGAUGGGUGUUGCUGCGGGUGUUGGCACGGCUGCUACUACCAUUGUCCGCACGAGGCGCUUCAUGGAGAAGGUAAAUCGCGAGUUCUUUGCGCCGAGGGGGCUAAAGGCGGGGAUUUGCAAGAGCGAGGAACUAGCCGGGAAACUGGGCUGUGGGCCUAUUACAGUGGAUUCGCUACCUGCAGAGAGUCUGGCUUCAGAUGGGACGCAACAGCAUCUUAGAGACCGCUACAUGCAAGCUUUAUCACCCUGCAUUGCGCCUCUUACGUUCGAUGUCCCGCCGCCGUCGAAGCAGCGACAUUUCCUCGAUGAGCUGAGCGCCCAAGCGCUCAAGCGAAGGGUAAAGAAAAGAGAGAGCAGGCAGAAGAAGAAGGUGGAGAAAGCGAAUCGUAAGAACAGUAAGCAGGCUACUGAUCGUGCCAAUGAGGGUUACGACUCCGAUUCGAGCUCUAGCUCCUCUUCUACAGACUCGAGUGCUGUACGAGGCGAUGAGGAUGGGGUGCAUGCAGAUAAGAAGAUACGCAAGAUUGAGCGGGAGACGGAGCGGAAGAUGAGUAAAGCGAAUACGAAGGAUGCUGCUAAGCUUGCAGAGAAGAAGGAGAAGAAGAUCGAGAAGAGAGAGCGGGAAAUCGAGCGCAGGGCAGAAAAGGAUGAUGAGAAGGCGGCUAGGAAAUCUGCCAAGGCUGCUGUCAAGAGCGAAAAGAAAGGUGAUAAGAGAAAGAGGAAAGAAGAAGAGAAGAUUGCGGCUAUGGAGUUCUUGGUUGUUGAAAACUUGGAUUCUCCAGCAUAAAGGGCAAAUUGAUACGAGAGUAUCCAAUUCCAUAACUAUAUAUGUGAC